AUGCCCCAUCAGAAUGCAGUGUGGCUGGAGAUGCUGAAUAAAACCUGGAAGAAAUUGAUGCAGAGUAAGGGAAAAGCAGGCAGAGCACACAGGCCCCCACCUGGGCAGCACAGGCACUGUGAGGGAUGCUUCAACCGCCACUGCCACGUUCCUGUGGAGCCCAAUGUCUCCUGCCUGGUGAUCAGCUGCCACCUACUCUGUGGUGCUACCUUCCACAUGUGCAAAGAAGCAGAGCAUGAGCUCCUCUGCCCUUUAGAGCAGGUCCCGUGCCUCAACUCUGAAUAUGGCUGCCCCCUUUCCAUGUCUCGCCACAAGCUGGCCAAGCACCUGCAGAUGUGCCCCGCCAGUGUGGUCUGCUGCUCCAUGGAGUGGAACCGCUGGCCAAAUGUGGACUCUGAAACAACCCUUCAUGAGAACAUCAUGAAAGAAACCCCUAGUGAGGAGUGUUUAGACACAGCCCUGGCCCUCCAGGACCAGAAGGUCCUCUUCAGAUCCUUGAAAAUGGUAGAACUUUUCCCAGAAACUAGAGAGGCCACUGAGGAAGAACCAACUAUAAAUGGUGAAGCCAGUUGGGAGGAAAUGGGAGGAGCAGUGGGUGGAGUGGAGGCCAGUUCAUCACCACAUGGCUGUCUGUCAGUAGCCAAUGGGGAGAUGGCAGAGCUGAGUCAAGAAGAACGAGAGGCAUUAGCUAAAACCAAAGAAGGGGUGGACCUGGCCAAGUUUGGCAAGUGGGAAAAUAUGUUCAGCAAAGAGCAUGCAGCCUCUGCGUUAACAAAUUCAUCAGUGAGCUGUGACAGCAAGAGCAGGAAUGGCCCAGGGAUAGAACAGAUUUCCAGUGGCAAUACUGUGGUAGAUGGGGAGGGCACUGUUGAAGGGAGAGGACCGCAGGAAAACCAGAAGCAGCGGGAGUUUCAUGCAACCGUGGAAAAGGCAGGGCUUGCCCCUUGGCAGGACGGUGUUCUGGAAAGACUGAAAACAGCUGUGGAUGCAAAGGAUUAUAACAUGUAUCUAGUGCAUAAUGGGCGGAUGCUUAUUCACUUUGGUCAGAUGCCUGCUUGUACACCUAAGGAGAAAGACUUUGUUUAUGGCAAUCUUGAGGCUCAGGAAGUUAAGACUGUUUACACCUUCAAAGUUCCUGUGAGCUACUGUGGAAAGCGAGCUCGAAUUGGAGAUGCUAUGUCGCGUUGUAGGCCAAGUGAACACAAGGCAGUAGAUACUUCAGAUCUGGGGAUCACUGUGGAGGAUCUGCCAAAAUCCGACCUCAUCAAGACCACCCUCCAGUGUGCUUUGGAAAGAGAACUCAAAGGUCAUGUCAUCUCGGAAUCCAGGAGCAUUGAUGGGCUCUUCAUGGAUUUUGCCACACAGACAUAUAACUUUGAGCCAGAACAGUUCUCCUCUGGGACAGUGCUGGCUGACCUCCUCACCACUGCCAACCCAGGGGGACUUCACGUGGAGCUCCACAGUGAGUGUGUGACCCGAAGACACAAUAAGAGCAGCUCUGCCUUUACUUUCACUUGCAACAAAUUCUUCAGGAGGGAUGAAUUCCCCCUGCACUUCAAGAAUGUCCACACAGACAUCCAGUCAUGUCUCAAUGGGUGGUUCCAGCAUCGAUGCCCCCUUGCCUACUUGGGAUGUACGUUUGUUCAAAACCAUUUCCGCCCCCCAGGGCAAAAGGCAAAAGUGAUCUAUAGUCAGGAACUCAAGACCUUUGCCAUCAAGCCAGAGGUUGCUCCAGAGCUAAGUGAAGGAAGGAAGAACAACCAUCUCUCAGACCAUGGAGGAAAAAGCCAGAAUUCUCUAACCAGCUUGCCCCUGGAGGUUUUGCAGUACAUUGCUGGGUUCUUGGACAGCGUCAGCCUGUCCCAGCUCUCCCAGGUGUCUGUGCUGAUGAGGAAUAUCUGUGCAACUUUGUUACAAGAGCGAGGGAUGGUCCUUUUGCAGUGGAAGAAGAAGAGGUAUUCCCAUGGAGGCACCUCCUGGAGAGUCCACAGGGAGAUCUGGCAGUUCAGCAGCCUCUUCUCCAAAAUCAAGAGCUGGGAUUUUAAUGAAGUCACCUCCAUGUCUGAGCACCUGAAGGCCUGUCCUUUCAACAUUGUAGAGCACAAGACUGACCCCAUACGUCUGACCAGCAUGUGUCAAUCCCGUAAGCAGGCCCGGGAGAGCUUAGUCUCCACCUUUAGAGCCAGACCACGAGGAAGACAUGUCUGCUAA